CUUAGCCCAGCAUCGCCGGUUGUGCAUGGGCUGCCUGGGCAAAUCACAGAACCGGGUCGAGCAACAUGAACCGAAUGCUCAUCCAGUCGCUUCUCCCCCAUAAAGCCGGCCGGCACUUUUAUUGUUCGCUAAUGUCAAAGCUUGCCUGUCUUGCAUUAUUGAUACCCAAAUUCGGAGAACCGUCAAUAAGGCACGUCUUCUUCAUGGUUAACAUACUAAAUGCCGCCUUCAAUGAAAGGCUUCUUUGUAUACCGUUUUGGAAGAUGCGUACGAGUCCAAGAUGCAAGGUUCUGCAUGUUUAAAUGGAGAGAGCAGGGCGUUUCUCUGGCAUAAAGCCACCGGCCUGGGAAGGGCUCCCUCCAGAAGCCACUUUGGGUCCCUGAUACCUAAGCUUAUAACUCUUGAUAUCCCUCGCCCAUUACCUCUGGAGAUCGGGAACUUCCAGGAUUCCAUCAAUCGCCAUUGGCGCUAAAUGACUGCUAUUCCUACUCCUUUCACCAAAGCUCAGCAUCUUUGAUAUGUCGUUGCACGCCACUCUCUUUUGAGGUGUGAAUAACAUUAUUUAUUCGUUUGUCCCCGGGGUGUUCAGUGAUAUCAAGGCGAGCGUCAACAGAACCCCUCCCACAGAAUGCAUUCCAGAACCCAGUUCCUUUGCUGCAACUGAUCUAUGGUUUCUAUAUCAUCUACGGUCACAAAUUUUCCAGACAACCUUGUUUAGACUCGCCCAUAUAAUCGAAUGCAUUAUUUCCCUUUGGAGAUUUACUUGAAGAUACGACUAUCUCAGAACCCCGGCUACCACCAGUGACCUCGCCCUAUCGCGCUCCUCAAGGGAGCCGAUAAAAGAGCAACGGGACGCUAGCAAUGAAGCUCGUGGCUCUCAUCUUUACUGUCGCUGCGAUAUCCGCCAUAGUGCCAGCUCUACCCAUGCCCACAGAAAGGGCCACCAGACUAGCUGCUGGAACUACUCGCGAUGAAACCACAAACCCUAUCCAUCAAAGAUGGUGCCUUCGCGUCGGUGUACCGUGUUAGACAUUCCUUUUUAUGGUCAUCCCUCCACAGCACCGGGCGGGGAUACCCCGGAUGGUAUCCUAAAUCCUGGUGAUGAAGAAGAAAACUUUGUCAUAUCGUCAUGACCGCGCUCGUUUCUGGUCUAUGUAUUUGUUUUAAGACACGGCUCCUUUACUUUAGCUUGGAGACGCUACACCUUUACACACUCCACUGGUGAGCCACAAUUGAAGGAAGGAAACAGCCCAUUAUAAUAAUUGUCACUGGUUUUGUUUUGUUUACUGUUCCUAUUACAAGGACCU